ACCUUACAUUCAAUAUGUUGUUUCUCCAGAUGAAAUAUAUACAACCUAACCUAUUUGUGGCUUUUAUAUAGGCUCUAGUUGUAACACAUAUAAGUUGUUUCUGUGGUCGGAUUUCUGGAUAAAAUAAUCAGUAAAAAUGUGGAAAAAUAGGAUGUUUUGGAUGGAUUGUUUUGUAGUGCUUAGUAUUUACUUAAAUUGUCUUCAAUGUCAGUUGACUACAGACCUAUUAUGGGACAGCUGUGAUACAACAAUAUGCGGCGCGCGCAAUUUAAACAUCCAGUGUGAAAAGGAUUCCAAAAUUAUCAUCAACAACGUCACUUCCGGUCUAGGACAUGUAUUUGACGAAAUUAGUUAUAUGAAUUUACGUCGUUUUUGUAUGGGGAUGACUAGUUGUAAUCCCGAUCAAACUGGUUUCUGUGGUCUUCAUAAUAAAGCGAUGCAAUUCAACGUGAGCUAUACGUGUGUUAAAGAAAAGUAUAUCGACAAAACUUGUGAUAAGAUGGGUAUAGUGUUGCAAAAUAAAAGUGGUUUUAUCACCAACCCGAACUACCCCGCACAGACAUCAAUGAGGGAAUGUAAAUGGAAGAUCUUAGUACCUCCGCAACAUUAUGUGCACGUGUUUCUGCACGAGGUUGUACCGGGCUCUUCUGAACAGUGCACAAGGAAUGGCGAAGGUGGCCUUAGGUUCUCAACAAACGAUAAUUGUGGUAAAAACCGGUUUCCAACAUUUCCAGUAUGUGGUUUUAUUUCAUGA